AUGGAAGAGCUAAAAGAUAAAAGUCUACAUUUAACUGCAGAAAAACUAACGGAAGAACUUCAAAAAAUGGACAUCUACAAUAACUUUUUUGUGGAUUUACAAAAGAUAGCAGCGUCACACGAAGUAUCACUAGACGACUUUAGUAAAACUUUAACUAUAGCCGUCAACCAGGGAAAAAUGGAAACAAAUUUGAGAAAUGCUGUGUUUCACUGGUUAAGAGGUCACGACAACAAUAAACAAAUGGUGGUCAGGGACGAAAUCGCCAAUCGAGAAUCGUUGGAUUACAUGAGAAAAGCUCAAAUUACGUGGGAAAGAAGGAUUCAGAAAUCACUGGAGUCCAUGUGCGAUGAUUUAGGCAUUAGCCUGUCACGGCACCGAUCGAAGGCCGAAAAAGAAGAAAUGCUUCAAAAAUGGAACGAGCUAAGCACGUACAAUACAAAUUCGGAAAGACUGCGACCUGUCUAUGCGCCAAAAGACUUUUUAGAAGUCUUGUCUUCGUUACACAACCCCAACUACCGAAUGUUAUCAGACCACAUGAUUUGGGAUUUCACGUACUUGCCGAUAAAGGUGAAAACCCUUGGCGAACUCAGACAUCAUUAUAAGGAAUUAGCCUCAGCAGAUUUUCUUUUAGGCCUGGCAGCACUGUCGCCAGUUACAGGUAGUUCGAAAUCGCAAACAGAACAAGAUCGUACCGUUUUGGGAGAAAGAGUCUUGGCAAAUGAACACUCCCCAGUUUGUCAAGAAUUUUUAAAAUUGGGAGCACCGCGCAGUCUCCGAGGCCGUUUAUGGUCUCACGUUCUUGGAUCCAUCACCAAAACUUCGGAACAUUACUACUUGGAACUAAAGCAACGAGUGAUCAACUACGACAUGCUGAUCGACAAGUUAAUUACCAAAGACGUGCAACUGACGGCGUGUAACGAUGACCAGUACUUUGUCUUCGAAGAUGUCUUAUACCAAGUAAUGCUAUGUUUUACUCGUGACGCCGACAUGUUAGCGAUGUUCAACAAUUCGGCCAGCCAACCGAUACUGACGACGCUUAAGGGUAACCCUUCCAGCGAAGCCAUAUACCCUCCAAAUGGCAUCGUUCCCUUCCAUGGUUUCACUAUGUACGCCUCUCCGGUUUGUUACUUGUACAACGAUCCCGUACCAAUGUAUUUUACGUUCAGAGCUUUUUACAUGCGCUAUUGGUUCCGUCUGCAUGAAAUAAGCUCGCACCCGCAAAGUAUACUCGGCCUGUGCAUUUUGUAUCAACGCCUUUUGCAGAGACACGAAACGAUAAUCUGGAUGCAUUUCGUUAGUCACAAUAUUCACCCAACAAGAGUGGUAUUUAAAUGGAUCAUGCGAGGUUUUAGCGGGCACUUGCCUCCAGAACAACUGCUAAAUUUGUGGGACCUAAUUUUGGCUUACGAUUCACUGGAGGUGCUACCACUUUUAGCGGUUGCUAUUUUAAGUUUCAGAAAAGAAAACCUGCUACAGGUCAACACUCUUCAAAAUAUAGAAUCUGUGUUAAUAGAUUUGUCUUCGCUAAAUGUAAUGUCCUUAUUACAAUUGGCGUUAAAGGAACCAAUGAAGACGUAACAAAAAUAUGGAUACCUUUUACCAGUUUCUUCUGUUUUACCAGUACCUAAACAAGUAAUAGAUUUAAGAUUGAUUAUUUUGGCAUGGUUUGUUUUGGUAAAUAUAACAAAACCAUUAACCAUAAGAAAUA